AUGCCAGGAGCAGCCCCCGACGAGCACGGCCGGCCGUCCGCCCGGCAGAUCUUCGACGAGACCCUCUCCGGCGCGCGCCCGCACCCGCCGCUGCCCCACCUGCGCUCGGACCCGUCGCCGUACACGCCCGUGCCGCACUCGCUGCGCGAGCUCCGCACCAUCGAGGGCGCGGAACGACGCCGCGCCCGCCUGCACGCGCUCUGGGCGCGCCUCCCGCCGGCGGCCGGGGGCGCGGGCGAGGGCGCAGGCGACGACGCGGCGCGCCAGGUCGCGGUGACGCGCGACGGGGACCUCACGCCCGAGGGCGCGCGGAGGCUCGAGGCGAUGUACGCGGACGAGCUGAUGGGCCGGAUGGGCGUGCUCGCGCGCGGGCCGUUUGGGAAGCGCGUGCGGUGGUGCGAGUUCGUGCGGUACGCGGACGCGAAGGAGGAGGAGCUUUGGCACAUCUUCCACGACGAGCUGGACUUGGACGGGAAUGGCCACUUGGAGGCGGACGAGCUCCAGCUCGCGCUCGAGAAAGGAGGCAUCAAGUUGGCGCCGUCGACGCUCACCGAGUUCAUGACUUUCCUCACCUCGUCGCCGCACUCGCACGCAAUCAGCUUCCCGGAAUUCCGCGACUUCCUGCUGCUCAUGCCUCGGAAAGCGUCGCCGCAAGAGAUCUUCCGCUACUAUGAGGUCCGGAAGUUCAUGGGCGACGACGGGCGUGGGCGGCACGCCGUGGCCCAAGGCGAUGUUACCCUGAGCGCAGAAGACCUUGCUGUUCCACAUCCCCCCGUUACACCUUUCGGCAGCAAGGAUGCACCGCUUGCAACUCCUACAUCGUUACCCAUUGACCACACUUCAGCAGAGGACGACGACGACGACCUUGAGUACGACGAUUGUGAGGAGGAGGAGCAUCACCAAACCUGGCUCGGAGGAUCAACAGCAGUCAAGUUCCUAAUGGCAGGCGGAGUUGCUGGAGCCGUCUCGCGGACAUGUACUGCGCCUUUCGACCGGCUUAAGAUUUUCUUGAUCACCCGACCACCAGAGUUGGGUGGCACUCUCAGCGGCCAGUCACCAGUGGGCGGCUUGAGAGCAAUUGCUGGUGCGGUCACCCGGAUAUAUGCAGAGGGCGGCGUCCUCGCGUUCUGGACAGGGAACGGCCUCUCGGUCUUGAAAAUCCUGCCGGAGUCGGCCAUCAAGUUCCUGUCCUACGAGUCCUCCAAACGCAUGUUCGCCAAGUACUGGGACAAAGUCGAGGAUCCACGAGACAUCAGCGGCGUCAGCCGGUUUCUUUCUGGAGGCAUCGGAGGGAUCACCAGUCAAUUGUCCAUCUAUCCGAUAGAGACCCUCAAGACGCAAAUGAUGAGCAGUGCCGAAGGCCAGAGGCGAUCUCUCCGCGAGGCUGCUGGUUGUGUAUGGAAAUUGGGCGGUGUGCGGGCAUUCUACCGUGGACUGGCCAUCGGCCUCGUUGGUGUCUUCCCAUACUCAGCGAUCGACAUGAGCACGUUCGAGGCGCUCAAGCUCGCCUAUCUGCGCUCGACGGGCAAGGAGGAACCAGGAAUGCUCGCUCUCCUCGCCUUUGGCAGCGUCUCGGGCUCCGUCGGCGCGACGAGCGUGUAUCCCCUCAACCUCGUCCGCACGCGCCUCCAGGCCUCCGGCUCGUCUGGACACCCAGAACGCUACACCGGCAUCCUCGACGUCGUGAACAAGACGUACACGCGCGACGGCUGGCGGGGCUUCUACCGCGGCCUGCUGCCGACGCUCGCGAAGGUCGUCCCUGCGGUUUCCAUCUCCUACGUUGUGUAUGAGUCGAGCAAGUCGAGGUGCGCGCGUCCCUCCUUCUUUCACAGCCCGUGCUAA